AAUUAAUGCAACUUCAAAUACAACACAAAACGAAGUCACAGCUAAAUUACUUACAGCCACUUCUUCUGUUGCGUGGCUGCUUUGCAGUCCAAGUUGUCAUAUCUUUUUUCACUCAUUCUCUCUUUAAAGACCUCUACACCCUACACAGCUCUCCUCUCCACUUCUCUUAGUCGUUCAUUUAUCUCUCCAAAACGAACUAAAGCUCAGUACCCCAUUAAGCCAGGAUUGAAGAAGAUGGAUGUAUGGUCAUGGAUAUGUGAGCUUCCUGAGUUGGCCGACUGGACUGAUUUACACUCGCCACAUAUCUUCGAGCUCGCCAGUUCCAAACUCAUUAAUAGUGGAGAUGAUGAUAGUUCAGCUCGUUCUAUUCGGCUCAGAGCAGAGAGAACUGCUGGGUCUAACUCAGACGCAUUGGUUACUUUCUCUGUAUGUUUACAGGGUUUUCACCCUUUCAGUGCUCCAAAGACUCUCUGGGUCUCUGACACGUGUCCUUUAAACGCAGAAAAGCCUUUUCUCCCUCUACUACUUCAGCUUCUUGAAGAAAUCAUUACGCGUUCACCUAUGGCUGCUCAGUCUAGUACUUGCCCUCGUUCGCAGCUUCAAAAGCUCAAACCUGAACCCAUUUCUUGGAUUAUGGACAGCCACACACCUGAGUCAUUUUCGUGUUUUUUUAACCUAGUCUUCAUUAUGAGGUUGUUUUGGUUAUGUGUAUUUGACGCCCCUAGUGAGGUUGGGUCCUUGUAUUUUGAAUCUUUGCUGGGUCCAAAUCUUGAUGCCUUAAAAUGUGAACGAGCUCCUGUGUUGAAAACCUUUCUGGUUACUGUAGGAGCGGAUGCUGAGCUUUGUUUUAUGCGUACUUUAGGUUACAUGUUAACCAAAUGGCUUAUUCUAAGGGAGGUCGGUGUAGGACUGCAUGUUUUGGCCCCUGCUCUGGGUCAGCAAGUUAAGUUCUCGUAUGCAACGGAGGCUCAUGGAUUUUGGGCUUUGAAGGGCUAUGCAUCUAUUCUGGCUAUGGAUAUUGCUAACUCUCCCAGGAAAAGUAGCAAAUUUCCUGUUGUUGAAGCUAGGGAUACGGUGCUGAAAUAUGCCUUAGCUCACCAACAGUUAGAGGCAGUUUUGCAGUUGGAAUAUUCAGUUAACUUUUAUGACAGUUAUAUUCGGGUUAUCGCACGCAUUGAUAACCUACGGUUCCAUGUGGCGAAAUUAGGGUUUAAAAAGAAUGAGAAUGCUGAUUAUGGUGAGGAGAGACACCUUGUGUCUAGGGUUAAGGUUUGGGUGGGACCAGAGGUUGGAGCAACUUAUGUGGCCGGUUUGAGUUUGGGCCGCUCUACAGAUAAUGGGGAGAGAGAACUGGAAAUGAAAAAAGUGGUGAAGGGGAGUGUUGAAAAUUCGAAGGCUUCUAAGGUGAAAACUAGGGCAAGAACGGCUACAAGGACAAAGAUGAAAAACUGGAGGUGGGACCAAGAUGCUGAAGGGAAUACUGUUAUUUUCGAUGCAGUUUUACAUAAUAAUAUAAACGGUCAAGAAGUUGCCGCGUGGAACUCAAACAUUGAUAAUACUAGCGAUGGUGGUGACGGCAAGAGCAGUGGUAAUGAAAAUAAAUUCAAGGGACCAAAUCGGCCAUUUACAAAAACAAGAGGAUUGGUUUUCGCAGGAGACGAAUAUGGGGAAGGAGUAGAAUGGAGAUUGAGCAAAGAGAUGGAAGGCAGUGUACUGAAGUGGAGAAUAGGAGGGGAAGUUUGGGUGAGUUAUUGGCCAAGUGAAGUUAAGAGUUCAUAUUUCGAAACUAGAUGCGUCGAGUGGUGUGAUGAAGUUGAUCUGCCUCUAAUUCCAGGAAAAUAGAGUUGCUGCCAAAGGAACUUCUUCCAUUGUCAAUAAAUAUGGAAAAAAGAGGUCCAUGUGUGUAUAUUAAAAGUUUAUUAUCAUAAUAAAGAUUUUAUAUUUCUGCA